CGUCGCAGCGGCCGCAGUUCCUCCGUCGAUUUCGUAAUGUGACCAGUGUUCCUCUAGUUUUCCUGUAAAUAUCGUCAUAUAUUCCUCACAAAUUACAAUGUCCGAGGCAAAAGGCUCCAAGAGCUCGACGUCCUUGUUAAUCGCCAAACCGGCUAACCUAGAGUGCAAGAACCUGGAAGAGUAUCUGAAAUCCCGGCCGCCGGAUGCAUUGGAAAAGCUGUACAACUAUCCGGCCAUCUGUUUGGCCGUCUACCGGGAACUACCGGAGAUUGCUCGUCAAUUCGUGAUACGCAUAUUAUUCGUCGAACAAGCCAUCCCUCAAGCAGUCGUCUCCUCGUGGGGUUCGCAAGUCUAUGCCAAGGAAAAUUUAAUCGUUUCACGCGUACUAACGGAAUUGGGUGUUUGGCGCAGUGCAGCACUGACGGGCGGGCUACAAGCUUGGGAGUUGUGUCCAACUUUUAAGAAAAACCUGAAAAUCGCCCUACUCGGAGGUGGUCGUCCCUGGUCGAUGUCCAAUGCGCUGGAUCCGGAUCAAAAGUCAAGGGACAUCGAAUUCCUGGAUGUGUACUCCAUGUCUCGGUGGCGUUGCGUGCUGCACUAUAUGGUAGGAGCUGGGAGUUCCAAGGGAAUGGAAGGCGAAGGAAUAUCGCCGGAUGCAGUGAGAAUUCUGCUGCAUGCCAAUCUUAUGAAGCGAGAUGAAACGGACGGAAGUCCGGUGAUCACGAGACAAGGUUUUCAGUUUUUGUUGCUCGAUACGCAGGCUCAGGUUUGGCACUUUAUGCUGCAGUAUUUGGACACUUGCGAGGCUCGUGGACUUGAUUUGGCGGAAUGUUUAUCAAUGCUGUUUCAGUUGAGUUUUUCCACCUUGGGACGAGAUUACAGCUCGGAAGGGUUAAGUCAGGGCUUGUUAACCUUUUUGCAACAUUUGAGAGAGUUUGGAUUAGUGUACCAGCGCAAAAGAAAGGAAGGUCGAUUUUAUCCAACGAGAUUGGCGCACAACAUUACGUCUAAGAAUGCGGUUCCCUCAAUUCAAGAUGAUGGAAGUUCUGCUCAAGACAAAGGGUACAUCAUUGUGGAGACCAAUUAUCGGGUGUAUGCGUACACGGAUUCCAAUCUACAGGUGGCUUUGCUGGGUUUGUUUACUGAAUUGUUGUAUCGUUUUCCAAAUCUGGUGGUCGGAGUGUUAACUAGAGAUUCAGUACGGCAGGCCUUCCGUGGAGGCAUCACAGCAGAACAAAUUAUCAGUUACCUUGAGCAGCAUGCUCAUCCAACGAUGUUGAAUGUGGAGCAAACAAUCCUCUCCAAGUCAGCUCUGCCGCCCACCGUUGUCGAUCAAAUCAAGCUGUGGGAAAACGAGCGGAACCGGUUCACCUACACCGAAGGAGUUGUGUACAACCAGUUCCUCUCUCAGGGCGAUUUCAACACGCUGAGGGACUACGCCCAGUCGAUUGGCGUGAUGACCUGGCAGAACGAGCGAACCCGCACAAUGGUAGUGACGAAAAACGGACACGACGAUGUGAAGAGAUUCUGGAAGCGUUACUCAAAAGGCGGCAGUUAAUUUCUCUCAGUACAGUAAUAUAAGACUUUUUAAACCUAAGUUAGUUUAAGUUCGUUUAUUAUGCUCCAUUAAAAUCAUCCUUUGUAAG